CUGUUUAGUCGUCGAAAGACGAUAUGAAUAAAACAUUAAAACUCUUCUAACAUAGAGAGCCUUCCUAAUCAGUUUGCUAAAAUAAAUUUUUCAUUAAUUAAAAAAAACGAGCUACAAUUUAGAAGAAGAAAAUAAAAAUAUAAGUAUCGGUGUUCGAAGUGUGUCUACGAUCCUAGGAGUGACCAUAGGGCCUUUAAAAUAUCCUGCCAAGUGUUUCACACAUGUUUUCUAGCGUCUCCGAAACAGAGACUGGCUCAGACCUAAUAUAAACUAAAAUCUAAUCGCGGCGAAGCUUCACUGAAAAUUUGAAAACAGUACGCGGUCUUAGCUUUGAAAAGAGAGUGGUUCGCGUGCUGUUGUUGGCCGUCCAAAGCUUGGGAGGCUCACAAGUAAGCCUUCUCAACAAUGUUCACGCUCAGGACGUUGACACCACUUAUCCUUAUUAUAUGUCAAAAUGUUUUAGUAAAUUCCCAAUUUAUACCUUAUAACAAACCUCGGGUUAGAACGUAUCCUGUCAAGGCGUUAGAACAUGUUCAAAGAGGAGACCAAUCGCCCGAGCCCGACAUAUUGCCAGAUGUAAGUUCGUCAUAUCCCGAAGUUAUACAUCCAUUUACAACACUGCAAAGACAAAGCAGUGCUACUGCAAGCGGCUACGAACCGAAGAAGUUACAUCCAUGCGAGCACAGUUCCUGUUAUCCUGCCACAGGAAACUUACUGAUAGGACGAGAAAAUCAAUUGUACGCGUCAUCGACAUGUGGUUUGUACAGACAAGAAAAAUAUUGCAUCGUGUCUCAUCUAGACGAGGAGAGAAAAAAAUGCUUUUGGUGCGAUUCUACUCCAACUUUAAAACCUAGUCCUCAGCAUAAUCACAAUAUCAGCAACAUUGUCUACCGGAUGUAUCCUGGAACAAGGAAAAUAUCAUGGUGGCAAUCUGAAAAUGGGAAAGAAAAUGUUUAUAUCCAGUUGGAUCUCGAAGCAGAGUUUCAUUUUACUCAUCUAAUAAUCACUUUUAAGACAUUUAGACCGGCUGCUAUGCUAAUAGAACGGUCAUAUGAUUUUAAGCAAACGUGGCAGGUAUACAGGUAUUUCGCACACAAUUGUACUGAAAGCUUUCCAAACAUUCGAACAGGAUCGCCACGAAAUUUAACAGAUAUAGUAUGCGAAUCAAGAUAUUCUGGUCUAUCUCCAGCAACAGAAGGCGAGGUUAUCUACAGAGUGCUCCCUCCAAAUAUGUUAAUUGAGAAUCCAUAUUCCGAACAAGUUCAAAACCUUCUGAAAAUGACAAAUCUACGAAUAAAUUUCACCAAACUGCAUACCCUAGGUGAUGAUUUAUUAGAUAAAAGAGAUGAAAUUCAGGAAAAGUAUUAUUACGCUAUAACUGAUAUGGUAGUAAGAGGUUCUUGUUCUUGUUACGGUCAUGCAAACAGGUGUUUGCCUUUACCUAAUAUUGACCCCAAACCAGACAUGGUCCACGGAAGAUGCGAAUGCACUCAUAACACCAAAGGACGUAAUUGCGAAAAAUGCGAAGACUUCUUUAACGAUCUGCCUUGGAGGCCUGCUAUUGGAAAGCAAACAAAUGCCUGUAAGAAAUGUAAUUGCAACAAUCACGCAACUAGCUGUCAUUUCGACGCAGCCCUUUAUGAAGCCAAAGGCAAUAUUAGCGGAGGCGUCUGUGAUGGCUGCCUCCAUAACACUAUGGGCUCUAACUGUGAACAAUGCAAGCCUUUCUUCUUUAGAGAUCCCAACCGUUCCAUUAAAGACCCUGAAGUUUGUGUAGCAUGUGACUGUGAUCCUCGAGGUUCCUUAGAUGAAGGCAUUUGCGACUCCAUAACUGAUCCUGUCAACAAUUUGGUUGCCGGAAGCUGUCAUUGUAAAACUAAUGUCGAUGGGCGUAGAUGCGACCAGUGCAAGAACGGAUAUUGGAACUUCACUUCAGCCAACCCAGAUGGAUGUCAGCCGUGUACAUGCAAUAUUCUUGGAACAAUAGACAAUCAAGGAUGUAACGUUGAGACUGGGGAAUGCACAUGUAAAAGAUACGUGACCGGUAGGGACUGCUUGCAAUGUUUACCCCAAUAUUGGGGUUUGUCUGACAAACAGGAUGGCUGUCAGCCAUGCGAUUGCGAUCCUGGUGGUUCCUACGACAACUUUUGUGACGUUAUUACCGGUAAUUGUAGAUGCAGAGAGCAUAUGUCUGGUAGAACUUGCAACCUACCAAAUAAUCAAUAUUUCGUGGCAAGUUUAGAUUUUCUUCUCUUUGAAGCAGAAGUAAGUAAAACCGAUGGUCAAGUAGUGAUAAGAGCACCUUAUAAAGACGGUAGGGAGACCACUUGGACUGGUACAGGUUUUGUUAAACUAUACGAAGGCAACUUUAUAGAAGUCUACGUAAACGAAAUUUCAACCUCUAUGGAUUACGACAUAAUAAUAAACUAUGAACCUACCUCACCAGAAACUAUCGAAGAUAUUGUUGUAAAAGUGAUACGACCAGAUGAUGUAGAUCCAUUAGGAGAGUGCGCUAAUAUUAAUUAUGAUGACGAUAUUAAACACACGAACCUUCCAUCGAAUCAAAGACAACAAAUCGUUUACCCGCCUGUUUGCUUAGAAGCUCGCAAACCUUAUACCAUCAGAAUUGAAUUCACCAGCUACAAUUAUCCUUCACCGAGACCAACAGCUUCUGUCCUAAUUGAUUCCAUAUGGCUUAAGCCCAGACUGGAUAGUAUUAAAUUCUUUACUGGCUCUGUAGCUGCUUCUAACAGGAAAGAUGAAUUCGAACGAUACAAUUGUGGUCAUCCAUCUAUGUUUUACAAAGGUGCUGAAAUUCCUGCUGUUUGCAAAAAAUACCACUCUAGUAUCGCUGCCUACGUUUUUGAUGGAGCAAAGGAUUGUGAUUGUGAUCCAACCGGAUCUACUAGCAAAAUAUGUGAUCCAUACGGUGGAAACUGUACUUGCAAACCGAACGUAGCUGGAAGAAAAUGCGAUAAAUGUGCUCCAAUAACUUACGAUUUCGGUCCAACUGGCUGUAAAGUUUGCGAGUGUGAUAGUAUCGGUGCGUUGGAUAAUUUCUGUAAUAUCACAACUGGUCAGUGUAAGUGCAGACCGAACACUUAUGGCCGAGAAUGCAAUCAAUGCAGAAUCGGAUUUUGGAACUUCCCAAAUUGCGAGAGGUGUAAUUGCAAUGGUCAUGCUGAUACAUGCGAGGCGCAUACAGGAGUAUGUAUAAACUGUAGGGACAACACAACGGGUGCUCACUGUGAUAACUGCGUAGAAGGAUAUUAUGGAGAUCCAAGGCUAGGUGUUGACAUUCCAUGCAGACAGUGUCCAUGUCCUGGACCUGUUGGCUCGAAUCAUUCAUUUGCUGACAGAUGCUCGCUUGAUCCCGUUACAAAAGACGUUACUUGCGAAUGUCAAGUUGGAUACGCUGGAACAAGAUGUGAUGUCUGUGCAGACAAUUAUUAUGGAAACCCAGAAGUUCCAGGUGGUAGUUGUCAGCCUUGUGACUGUAACGAUAACAUUGAUUUGCUUAGACCAGGAAAUUGUGAUCCACAUACUGGGAAAUGUCUUAAUUGUCUCUAUGAUACGACUGGUGAUCACUGCGAAGUUUGUAGGCCAGGCUUUUUCCGAUACACCCUUGAUGGAAUUUGUGAACCAUGCAUAUGUAAUGCUUUGGGAACAAACAGGACUGCAGAAGAAUGUAAUCCGUUAGGAGGUCAAUGUUCGUGUUAUCCAAAUGUAUCAGGCCUUCGUUGCGAUGAAUGUAUCGCUGAUCACUGGAAAAUUGCCAGUGGUUCUGGAUGUGAACCAUGCGACUGCGAUCCAAAUGGCUCUUACAGGUCUCAAUGUAAUAAGUUUGACGGACAAUGCGAAUGUAGAGAUGGUGGAUUUGGAGGUAGACAGUGUAAUGAAUGCUUGCCAGGAUUCUAUGGUGAUCCUAAAGUUCAAUGCUUACCAUGUGAAUGCCAUAUUCUCGGAUCUUCACGUCAAAAUUGCAACAUGCGUACUGGAGCAUGUGAAUGUCGUCCAGGAGUUGGUGGGCAUAACUGUGACGUAUGUAAGAAAGGAUAUAUUGGAAAUGUGCCAGAUUGCGUUCCAUGUGGUGAAUGUUUCGAUAAUUGGGACCGAAUAAUACAAGAAAGCAAAAAUCAAACGUUGGUGAUCAUUGAACGGGCUAGUGAUAUUAAAAAAGUUGGAGCAACCGGUGCCUAUACAAAGGAGUUCGAUGUUAUGCAAGGUCAGCUAGAUGAAAUUGAUCAUCUAUUAAACAGCACUGGGGAAAUCGACGUAGACGCUAUAGAGGAAGAAUUACAAAUUCUAAGAAACCAGAUCAAUGAAACAGAAAACGACAAACUAAACAAGCUCGAUAACAAUUUAGCAAAUAUUAAGAAAAAUAUUAUUUUAACAAGCAGAAAAGUUAACACUCUCAACGAGAGCAUGGCUGACCUGCAAGACAGGAUCCGUGAGCUUGAGGGUAACGGAACAAAACUGUUAGAAGCCAACGUUAAAGGUGCGCUAAACCUUAUUGAAAAAGCUAAAGAAAAAGCGGACCUAGCAGCACAUAAAGCUGAACAUUCGCGUGAAGAUGUGAAGUAUGCAGAAAACCAAUGUAGAGCUACAGAAACGUUUAUUAACAGUACUAGAGACAAAUACAAGACCCAGUCUGAAGAGAACGAAGAUGAAUUAAGAAAUAUUUCUACAAAACUCGAGCAACUUAAUCAAGAAAUACCCAAUCUAAAUUACUUGGUGUGUGAUGGACAUGGCGAUCCUUGCGAUUCAAUCUGUGGUGGAGCUGGAUGUGGAAAUUGUGGUAAUUUCAUAUCUUGCGAAAAUGGUGCAAAACAACUAGCGGAAACUGCUAUAGACUUGGCUAAGAAAACAGAGGGGACUCUUAAAAAUAUAGAAACCUUGGCCAAUAAUUUAAUCCGAAACGUGUCUAUAAUUAAUACCAACGAAACUCGAACAUUAGCUCAAAAAACUUACGAUACUAUCAGUACUGAGCUCAACAGAACGAAUACUUCGUUAGAGAGAGCAAACCAAAUGAUCAAGGAAAUGAGGGAAUAUAUGGUAUUGAAUGGUACGAAACCAGAAGAUAUCAAAAAGCUCGCUGAGGAAGUUUUAAAGAAAAACGUACAUAAAACCCCAGAAGAAGUAAAAAAACUUGCUGACGACAUCAAGAAUGCUGUCGAUAGAUUAAGACACACAGAAGAUAUUAUUAGUGCUACCAGAAACGACUUACGCAAAGUAAAUGAGUUGAAAGAAAAUGCUAAAUAUGCUAAAUCAAAUGCCACUAAGCUCUUAACUGAUGCUGAAGCAGUGAAUCAAUCUCUCAACAAGACUCAGGAUGCCCAACGCGAAGCUGAAAAUACUAUUAAUAAAGCAGGAGAGGAUUAUAAUGAAGUCGAAAAUAUACUUGACAAGAUUGAUAAAAAAACCAAAGAUGCCGAUGGCGUUACGUCAGCUAUUCGAAGUCAAAUAAAUGAAAUCAAGGGUAACUUGACAGAGCUCCAAACAAACAUAACUGAAAACGAGAAUUACGCCGACCGAGUUAUUCAAGAAUCUAAAAAUAUUUUAUCAAAAGCAAAGAAUACAACCACCGCUUCAAAGGAGCUACAAACAAAAUACGAAGAUGCUAGAGAACGUCUUGAUAAAAACUUGGAUAAAGUGAAGAAUACCAAAGAAAGAUCUACAGAUUUGUUCAACAAAGCUGUAAAUUUGGUGGACAAAGUUACCAAAACUCAAGAAGACAUCAACAAAUUAGAAAUGAGCAAUCACGGUACCGAAUUAAAUAAACUCGAAAUGGAACUUCAAGACCUCAUUGCGAAAAUGGGACGUUAUACCAAAACACUGGAGAACAAAGUGAAAUAUUACAAAACAUGCACAUAAAAAAAAUUAUUCACUGCCUAAAAAAUAUUGUUAGUUUCAAAGGAAUCAAUUCCACUGUGUACAUAUUAUAAUAUUUAAGACGACGAAAGUUUUAGAAUCUGCUGCUGUGAUAUUACAUGACAACAAAAUCGAUUUUAUUAAAAAAGAUAUACCAAAUUUGAGUUUAAUCUUACAAUGUAACGGAUGAUUCCUUUAAAACCAGAUUUCAAUCUUGUUUCAGUUAAUUUGGAACACGUCGUUGUACAUAAAGUAGGUAAUUUAUUUAAAAGAGUUAUUUACUUAUAGCUUUUAAGUAAAAGUGCAUUCUUUUUUACAUUAUGCUUGUAUAUAGUUUAUUUUUUCAAAUUUCAAGCCAUAUCUUCUAAUUUAGUUCGUAAAUGUGUUUUUACAAUUACUACUACUAAACUAUUUUAGGCGUCUUAGGUGUCAAUGCUUAUUUUGUAAAUAGUAAUACAUUUUUAAAAUACUAUGUGGUUUAUUAAAUUAAUUAACGUAGUCUAUACACUAACAAGAAAAUAUUAAAUAACAAUUAUUCUAAAUAUAGGUUCGUAUUAAAUAACUAUCUUUGAAAAAUAUACAGUAAAAUAAUGUACAAUAUCACAUAUUAUACUAAAAAAUACCAUAUUUAAAUUAUAUCACUUCAAUAAGCUAGACUAAUAUUACAUAGAGUAUGAAUGGAUGAUAAGAAAUGUUUUUAUUGUUACUUUGGGAAGGCAAGUUUUCCAGUUUUAUAUGAAGGUAAAAAUAUAAAUAGAAAUAAAAUACAUUUGAUUGGCA